AUGUCCACAAACGAGAAAGUUGGACAUACCGAGGAGGCUCCUGUCAAGGAGUCGUCCAUCGAGAACAAAGUUGCCGGUGAUGCACCAGCCCUUGACGAAGCUCCCGAAAAGAAGAAGCGAGAGUACAAGGAAAUGGAACACGAGGCCCAUGGUGAUCUCCACGCCAAGGUUGACAUGAACACUAUCCAAUUCACUGCUACUGAUCUUUAUGACAAAGACAAGGUCGACAUCGAACACGUUGUCAUGGAGGAAGUCUUCCAACUUCUCCAAUGUGACGAAGGUGGUCUUACCGAAGCUGAGGCUACCGACCGUAUCGGUAUCUUCGGUCCUAACAAACUUGAAGAGAAGAAGGAGAACGUUUUCCUCCAAUUCCUUUCCUUCAUGUGGAACCCCCUCUCAUGGGUCAUGGAAGGUGCUGCCCUUGUCGCUAUCGCUCUUUCCAACGGUGAAGGUGAACCCCCCGAUUGGCAAGAUUUCGUCGGUAUCGUUCUCUUGCUCUUGAUCAACUCUACUAUCGGUUUCGUUGAAGAGAGAAAUGCUGGUAACGCUGUCAAGGCUCUUAUGGACUCCCUCGCCCCCAAGGCUAAAGUGAAGCGAGAUGGCAAAUGGAGAGAUAUCGAAUCUGCCGACUUGGUUCCAGGUGAUAUUAUCGCCUUCAAGCACGGUGAUGUCUGUCCUGCUGAUUGUCGUCUCACUGAAGCCAUUGAUGUAUCUAUGGAUCAAGCCGCUCUUACCGGUGAAUCUCUUCCUGUCUCCAAGAAACUCGGUGACGAGUGUUUCUCCGGUUCCACCUGUAAACAAGGUGAAGUCGAGGCUGUCGUUAUCUCCACCGGUCCCAACACCUUCUUCGGUCGUGCCGCUACCCUUGUCGGUCAAGAUAAUGACCAGGUCGGCCACUUGCAAAUGGUUUUGGCUCGAAUCGGUUCUUUCUGUCUCGUUUCCAUUGGUAUCUUCGUUGUCCUCGAAAUCGUUAUCCUUUACCCUCGAUUCCACUACACCUACCGAAGAGGUCUUAACAACAUCCUUGUAUUGCUCAUUGGUGGUAUUCCCAUUGCUAUGCCUACUGUAUUGUCCGUUACCCUCGCUGUCGGUGCCCAACAGCUUGCCAAACACAAGGCUAUCGUUACCCGAAUCACUGCCAUCGAAGAACUUGCUGGUGUAACCAUCCUCUGUUCCGACAAGACCGGUACCCUCACCACCAACAAGCUUACCAUUGACAAGGAGAACGUCAAGUGUUACUCUCAAUGGGACGUCGAAGGUGUCUGUCUCCUCGCUGCCUACGCUUCUCGAACUGAAAACCAAGAUGCUAUCGAUGGUUGUGUCGUUGGUACCCUCCCCGACCCCAAACAAGCCAGAGAAGGUAUCGAUCUCCUUGACUUCAAGCCCUUCAACCCUGUCGACAAGAGAACCGAAAUUACCUACCGAGACAACCGAGACGGUGGUAAGCUCAAGAGAGCCACCAAGGGUAUGACUGGUAUCAUCAUAGAACUCUGUUCCCGAAACAAGACCUCCGAACUUGAAGAUCAACUCGAAGCUGAUGUCGAAGAAUUCGCCCGACGAGGUCUCCGAGCUCUUGCUGUCGCUUACGAAGAUGUUGUUGGUGAUGCCGCUGAUGGACAAGGAACCGGUUUCGAACUUGCUGGUCUUCUUUCUAUCUUCGACCCUCCUAGAUCCGACACCAAACAAACUAUCGAUGAUGCUAUGGCCCUCGGUGUUAAAGUCAAGAUGGUUACUGGUGAUCAACUCGCUAUUGCCAAGGAGACUGGUCGACGACUUGGUCUUGGUGACCACAUGUACCCCGCUAAAGUGCUAAAGGAUGGACCUGAAGCUGGUGGUAAACACGCCAACCUCGAUGAAAUGAUCAUGGAUGCCGAUGGUUUCGCUGGUGUCUUCCCCGAACACAAAUUCGAGAUUGUCAAGAGAAUCCAAGCACUCGGUCACUUGUGUGCUAUGACUGGUGAUGGUGCCAACGAUGCUCCUGCCCUUUCAAGAGCCAACGUCGGUAUUGCUGUCGAAGGUGCUACCGAUGCUGCUCGAGGUGCUGCCGAUAUUGUGCUUACCGAACCCGGUCUUUCUACCAUCGUCCACGCCAUCUACGGUUCUCGAGUCAUCUUCCAGAGAAUGAGAAACUAUGCCAUCUAUGCUUGUGCCGUUACCAUCCGUAUCGUCGUCUGUUUCGCUAUCAUGGCUUUCAUCUGGCAAUUCGAUUUCCCAUCUUUCAUGGUUCUUAUCAUUGCCGUUCUUAACGAUGGUACCAUUAUGACCCUCUCCCUUGAUCGAGUACUUCCAUCCACCACCCCAGACUCUUGGGAUCUUGCCGAAGUAUUCGCCUACGGUAUCGGUUACGGUUUCUACCUCUCUGCUUCCACCAUCGCUCUCUACGCCACCAUGCACUCCACCAACUUCUUCGAAGACAAAUUCGGUGUCAACCCCAUCAAGGCUACCAACGAUCCCCAGGGUCACAUGGUCAUCUACCUCCAAGUUGCCAUCAUCUCUCAAGCUCUUAUCUUCGUCACUCGAUCUCACGGACCUUCAUGGACUGAACGACCUUCGGUUGCCCUUAUGCUUGCUUUCUGUCUCGCUCAAUUGAUCUCUUCCAUCAUUGCCGCCUUCGGUGAUUGGGGUUUCACCAACGUUCACUCCAUCUCUGGUGGUUGGAUCGGUAUCGUUUGGGUAUGGAACAUUGUUUGGUACUUCCCUCUCGAUGCCGUCAAGUUCUUCAUGAAGAAGACCAUCAUCGCUGCUCUCCAAAGACGAAAGGCCAGAAAGGCUGCCAUUGCCACUGUUGACGAGAACGGUGAGAGACUUCAACGAACUGCCUCAAGACACGAAUCUUUGUACUCGAACCGAACCUCUUUCUUAUCCCGAGCUGCCAACAGACUCAGAGGUGGUGCCAAGAUCUCCAUGUCUCAAAACGAGCUUCAACGAUUCUCUUCCAUCCAAGCUCAACAAUCUGGUGCUGCUCUUACCAGAGCUCACUCUAGACCUGCCGCAUAA